AUGAAAACCUUGCAUGAAAACAAAAUUUUGACAGUAGCAAUUCUAUUAGUUGUUAUCUUUGUUCUAACAUCUUUGGUAUUAUGUUUUUGUGGGUGUGUGUUUUGUGGUUUGUGGUGAUUUUGUGACGUUUCGGCUGUUGAAAUUGUCAGAAAGCGAUAAUGGGAGACAGGAAUGAAAAAGCAUUACUUGAUCUUUUGAAGAAAGCGGGGAACAAUGUGUGUGCUGACUGUGGUAGUAAAAAUCCGGAAUGGGCGUCCUACAACAUAGGUAUAUUCGUGUGCAUGCGAUGCGCGGGCGUCCACCGCGGCAUGGGGGCGCACAUCUCCAAGGUGAAGCACCUGAAGCUGGACAAGUGGGAGGACAGCCAGGUGGAGCGCAUGAAGGAGGUUGGCAACACUGCGGCACGCCUCAAGUACGAGGAGAGGGUGCCGCCCUGCUUCCGCCGCCCCACGGAGAACGACCCCCAGGUGCUGAUCGAACAGUGGAUACGAGCAAAGUAUCAGAGGGAAGAGUUCCUCCCGCCGGGGCAACAGAAGUACGUGUCCGGUUACAUGGAGGGGUUUCUGAUGAAACGAGGGAAGGAAGACAGCCGCUACCACCCACGUAAAUUUGUCUUGUUGGAAGCGGAGGAUAGUUUAAAGUAUCACGUGAAGGAAAACAAAGAGCCGAAGGCAGUGAUCAAACUGUCGGAGCUGAACGUGGUGUUUGCGCCCGACAAGAUCGGCAACCCCAACGGCCUCCAGCUGACGUUCAUGAAGGACGGCACGACGCGGCACAUCUUCGUGUACCACGACAGCGCGGAGGUGACGGUGGACUGGUACAUGGCGAUCCGCUGCGCCAAGCUGCACCGCCUGCAGCUGGCGUUCCCACACGCCGAGGAGUCGGAGCUGUUGGCUUAUUUGACGAAUGACUUCGUCCAAGAAGGCUGGUUGUGGAAGACGGGUCCUCGCACUACAGACGGAUAUAAAAAGCGGUGGUUCACGCUGGAUAACAGGAAGUUAAUGUACCACGACCAGCCAAUGGACGCGCACCCCAAGGGGGAGGUGUUCCUGGGCCACCUGCAGGACGGCUACGGGGUGCGGGUGGGCGUGCCGCCCGGCUCCAAGGACCAGGGCUUCUCCUUCACGCUGCGCACCCCGGACCGGGCGUUCAGCCUGUCGGCGGCCACGGAGGAGGAGCGCGACCGCUGGCUGCAGGCCCUCGAGGGCGUCCUGGAGCGCGGGCUGUCCCCGCAGGACCACGCAAUGGCCGGCCGUCUGGUUCGCAAGCGAGCCUCCAACAGCUCCAUGAACAUUUUCUCCAGCAGAUAGUGACAGCCUCAUCGGACCAAACUCCACCUCAACAGUUAUCGCUUUGCAGAUGUCCGUUAAGAUGGCGAGACGAACAUCCGCACCUGCGUGGAUUAUUCGUUUGGAAACUGUUAACUGCACUACACAAUAAUGUUGAUGCAGAACUCAUGCUUCAGUGAUGUAAAGUGUAAAUAAAUGUAUGUUGUCAAUCAUGUUGUAAAAAGCGAGCUAGUUGUAAGUGUGUAGCAGACACGGCGCGGGGGUGAGCAGACCGCCGGAAGGAAACCUACUUCAUUUCUGCGAGAAGUUAAUGGAAUGUGCGCCGUGUUUUUGGUGGACUUGCGAGUCUGCACAUAAUGAAAUAUCAAUUGUAAAUUUCUAAUUAAAAUGAAAGCAAUA